AAGUAACAUCAGUUUUGCAGAUGCAGCCGUGACGAUGACUCUGAGUGUGACUCUCUGCUUUACUGCUGUUCUGUUCAGCCAAUACAGUGCCAUUCUAACAGCAGGCUCUGUGAUGAAGAAUCAAGGAGAAAAUCUGACCAUGGCGUGCACCACAGAGGACACUGACCCAACAGGUUUAUACCUACAUCUAAGAUGCCCUGAGAAACAUGAAGUAUUUUACUAUGACUUCAGCAGUAAAACACUGACAAGCCCCCCUGAGUUCGAGGAAAGAAUUACUGUCAGUGGUGACCCCAAGAAGCUAACAGUAACCAUCACUAGUCUACGAGUGAACGAGUCGGGCGUCUACUCCUGCGUCUUUAACUUUUUUGAUGUAAAACGUGUAGAAAAGGAGACGAAUGGUGCUCUGCUGUUUGUGAAAGCGAAAGUGGCAGUGACUGACAAAGUUUCUCGUACAGAACCAUCUACAUCUACCAUGCCAGAGAUGCUAGUGUUGGUUUCCGCAAUUAUGGCCUGCACUGUUGUCAUACUGUGUAUGCUGGUGACCGCAGUGUGGGUAGUACCAAAGGUGAAGGCCCUGUGUGCGAGGCGGAGAGAAGACAGGUCCAAGGCUCAUAACGUAGUCCAUAACGCAGUUUAUGAAGAUAUGCGCGCCCACCGUAUGCGACAGAUCUAAUUUGAGCCCCCCUUUCCUGCACUCAGUGGUUUAAGGUUUGCCCUAUUCAUCAUUGCUGGAUGCGCAAAACAACCUCGUUUGCUCUUCCAAUGCAGAUACGAAAGACUUCAUUUUUGCUGCUGUCGGGACAAAAUCUCGUAUCCCCAUUUUUGUUGUUUGUCAGUUUUUCACAUAAUUUGAAUGUACCUUUUGGCCUUUAAAUUGCGUGCAAAUUUCAUGAUUAAUGGACCAAUAUAAAUGACCUAAAAUGACUUGGGGAACAAUUCUGGUUCCAUUGACCUACAAGUGUAAAGUAUGUUUUUCCUCUACCUGUAAAGUUUCCAUUACAGGAGAUACAAGGUAUUUUACAUUUUUCCCCCUUUUUACCAUAAUUAAAAAAACACCUGCUGACCUUUACAUUGUGUAAAAAAUUCAUGAUGAACGAAGCAUUUUAAAUGCUUCAAUGACUUCGAAAAAAAAUCUGUCUGCAUUAACGUCCACUUACGGUUUUUACCUGUAAAAUGACCAUUUUGGAGAUACAACGUUUUGUUCCGACUGCAAUGACAUUUUACUAAUACAAAGUAAAUCACUUUUGUCGGAAGAAAACCUUGUAUCUCUAAAACUGUAACUUUACAGGAGGUAAAAAAAAAUCAAUGGAACCAGAAUUUUUUACAUUUUAGGCCGCUUCUUUCAGUCCAUUCAUUAUGAAAUUUACAUAUAAUGUAAAGAGCAAAAGGCAUUUUCAAAUUAUGUCAAAAACUGAAAAACGGGAGAUGCAAGAUUUUCUUCUGACAGCAGCGAAAUGCUGCAUUAUGUGUAUAUUGCUGUAUAUUGCUGUAAAUAGAUACUUUUAAAAUAUUUUGUAAUAUAAUGCCAAUAUGUUCUAAAGGUGCAACUAAUAAAUAAAUAAAUACUUAUGUUUGUUACAAUGCA